CUAAAGUGUGUUAUCAAUAUGAUUCCUUUUACAAAGUUAAGGUGUGUAUGCCCCUCCGUCUAGCAUCUCUAAGCCAUUCAAUGGCCUAUACCCGUUAUCAAAUACACUUUGGCACUCAUACGGUAUUCGUUACUGUACAUGGUACCAAUGGAUAAUUCCAAGGUUAUCUUGGUUGAUGUUCUUCAGCUGCUCCCUUUUGUGGAGGAGCGCCUACUAGGGAAGCAUGGUAACCUAUCGGACACUCUGGAGUUGAUGAAUAUUCGACAGUCCAUUCAAAUGCUAGAGUCUAUGAUUAAGAGAUGCGGUACUGCGGUUAAUGCAGAAGAGCUCUCGGGUAUAAUAAAACGCAUACGCGUGGCUAAGGAUACAGUUGAACAUCUGUAUACGAGGAGUUCUGUGCGUAGGAACGAAUCGCUUUACCGCGAUGAACUGCUGCUAUCCAGCGACACAUCAAGACCCGAGCCGGCAGUUAUAGACUACGGGCGCCCGGUUAACAUGACUAAUGAUGAGUUUGAUGCGUUGAUUGAUGAGUGGGCUGAGGACAGAGACAGUGCUACAGCUGGAGCUAGAUUAAGAAAGAAACGUGAUACAGGAUCAGAUGAAGCACAGGAACAGAUUCGUAGCGACCUUGUUAAAUUAGCAGAUACCAUGAAGUCGAAAGCGCUCUGGUACCGCGACAUUUUAGUAAAAGAUAAUGAAGCGCUGUCAAAAUACACAGAGCAGCAGGGGAAGCAACUGGAUACCGUAGCCCAAGUGGCAGCCGAGGCAUCUAAACUCGUCAAGACCACGAAGCUGACGCUGAAACAAUCGCUUUUCAUGAUCGCAACAUCGUUCGCACUGAUUGUGUUCACGUUGCUGAUAUUCAUCAUCACAUGAUCCAGUAACACAAGUGAGCUGUAGAAUUAUCAGUGCUCCAUGACGGUGGACAUUAAUUUUAUAUUUAUAACCGAACAGUGCCACGGCAAAAGAAUGAAGUCAGUGCCCCUUUAGAACA